AUGGCACAGAAUCCAGAGUACCAUACAUUCAUGGACUACGAUGGACUACCGAUGGACGUGAAUCUGUCCGGCAUUGUUGUCCCUCAACAGGUGUUCCCGCGGCCGGCUGGUCAAAACGAUUUUAUUCCUCUUCCUCCCAUCAGGUUCUUCGUCAAUGGUUCCCUCGGGUUAAAUCUCCAGAGUGCCUUGGUACCUGACAAUGUACUUGACAACGCGGCCACUGCUCCAAUAUUGUCACUGAAUAACGACAGGGCCGCUCUACGCAUUCUUUGGCCUGGGUACGAAGGGUGGCAUUUGAACAAUGCUUUGGUCGCCACAGUGGCCAAUAAUCCCGCCACCAUCGCCAAUAUCGCAUAUCGGGUUGCCAGCCGUGUUCAAGAGUUCUACCAGGACAUGCUUACCAACGUUGGUGCUGUGGCAGAUUGGCAGCUACAGAGGAUUCCAUUUAGCGCUCUUCAUCUUGUUGAGCUGCGCAAUGUCUCACAGGGAUCCUGGCAGCCCGUCUUCUGCUAUACGGUACCCAACGGCGUCUAAUUUCCGGUGCUAGUUUGAUUCGCUUUCGAGUGUCUUUCCUUCGUUCACGCGCUCGAUACAUUAGGAGCUCCAUAUAGUUAUCAUUUGUCUCACUGGUUAUUUAUUACGAUGCAGCAGUGCCUAGAUUAUACAACACUGU